AUGGCGGAACUUAGCUCAGUGAAGGUUGAUCUCAAAGGAAGUGCAGAAAAUGAAAUCGAUAUUGAGAGAAUCGCCACUGCAGCAAGCGAACAUCAUGGAACCUCUAAAGAAAUCCAGGCAGAGGAUACUGCAGGCUAUCACCGAUCUCUCACCAGACGAAAGGUCAUGAUGAUGACCUUUGGUGCUGGAAUUGGAACAGGUCUCUGGGUAGGAACUGGUCAAGCUUUAUACUACGCUGGUCCUGGAGGAAUCGCCUUGACCUAUACCUUGACUGCAAUAAUCGUCUACGCCCAAUACUGCUCCUUUGGUGAAAUGAUUACAUACAAACCAAUUCAUGGAGGUUUCAUUCGAACAUGCAUGGAAUACGUUGAUCCCGCAUUCGGCUUCGCCAUUGGAGUCAACUUCUGGUUUUCAUGGGUGAUGAUCAUCCCAGCAGAAAUUACAGCAGCAGUGUCAGUAUUGAAAUUCUGGCCAGCAACGGAUGCCCUUCCUCUAGCUGGGUAUAUCACGAUCUUCCUGGUGGCCAUAGCCUUGGCAAACGUCUUUCAGGUUCGAAUUUACGGCUACAUUGAAUACUACAUGUCGUUCAUUAAAUGUGUUGCAAUUGUUUUGAUGAUUUUCUUCCUAUUUAUCAUGACAUCGGGAGGGAUCCCUGCUACUCAUGGUCCUAUUGAGUUUCGCUAUUGGAAGAACCCUGGUGCAUUUAAGAAUGGAAUGAAGGGCAUUGCCAAGGCAUUCGUUCAAGCAUGCUUUAGCUUCGGUGGUGGUGAACAUAUUGCAGUGAUUGCUGGCGAGGUAGCAAAUCCUCGACAAACAAUAAAGAAAACAGUCCGUCCAGUUUUCUGGCGCAUGUUCACAUUUUUUGUUGUGAACAUUUGGCUAGUCGGGAUGUGUGUUCCAUCUGAUGAUUCCAGUCUAGCUACUGCCAGUGGCACUCUUGGAAGUCCCUUUGUAAUUGCAAUCAAGCGUGCAGAUGUCUAUGGACUUGCGCAUGCACUCAACGGAUUCAUAUUCCUCAGUGUUAUUAGCUGUGGCAUUACUAGUGUCUAUGUGGCAAGUCGAAGCCUGACAGCGCUUGCGGAUUUGAAUCUUAUUCAUCCUUUCUUUGGUCGAAAAGACGCUCAAGGUCGUCCAUAUGUGUCAAUGAUUAUCAGCCUAGCUCUUGGUGGAGGACUCUGCUAUCUCAACUGCGACAGUACUGGAAAGAUUGUCUACAACUGGUUUUCUUCUCUGGUCGCUAUCGCAACUCUGUUCGAUUGGUCCGGAUGUUAUAUUACCCACCUUCGAUUCAGACAAGGCUUGAAAGCGCAGGGCAAGGAUCUCAGCACCCUACCUUUCAAAGGAUUUCUUACGCCAUAUGUGCAAUACUUCAGCCUAAUUCUGGUACUAUUCAUUUUCGGAUGUGAAUUUUAUCUAUCGUGUUGGCCUUUCGGAGAAAAGGGCUCUGCGAAGACGUUCUUUUCCACCUACCUUGCUGCUCCGUUGUUUUUCUUUGACUACUUCGUGUACAAGUUUUAUUUCAAAACGAAGAUUGUGAAACCCUCGGAGAUGAACUUUUCCGCAGCGCAUUACUUUGACGAAGAAGAUCGUCUGAACAAGAUGGCACCCCAAGAGGAAAAAGAAGAGAAGACUGGAAAGAAAGCAUGGCUCAAACGCGUUCGAUAUGUCAUAUUUGGGUAA